GUGGUAGACGCGUAUCUGUACAACUGUUGUUGAACUUGUGGCUUCCCUGCCUGCAAGUAACUUGUUCAAGCUCCUGAUAUGUUGGGUGUCUACAAAAAAGUAUCCGUAAGUGAAGAAUUUGAUACCUCCGAGGGGGCACUUCCAUUCAGCCUGCAACACAUCGCUGAAAAAGAGCUUGGAGAAACUCCUUCAAGGAGGAAGGAUGCUAUACAGAAACUACUGCAGAUCCUGUCAGAUGAACCGGAAUUCAACUCCAAGAAAGACGAUGCCUUCCUUCUCCGUUUUCUUCGCGUGAGGAAGUACAACGUAGAUGCUGCCAUGCAGACUAUUCGGAAUUAUUACAAGAUUCGCACUGCUUGUGGCCCCAUUUACUGCGACUUUUUGCCGUCAAAAGUACCUUCGGCAGCACGAAAAUUGUGCAUGGUGAUGCCAGAAAAAGACGUCCAUGGUCGCCCGAUACUUUUCAUGAACAUAGGACAGUGGAUACCCUCCGAGCUGCCUUUCUCAGAAUAUCAGAAGGCCUGGACAAUCUGCUUGGAACACAUGGCGUCUGACCCAGUGACCCAGGUUUUAGGAGUUGCACUUCUGUUAGACUACAACGGGUUUUCCAUAGACAAGAUGCUUAGCGUCAGCCUCGGCCUGUUGAAGAAAGCUUGGGAAUAUGUUCAGGACUGCAUGCCCAUGCGGCUGAAAGCUAUCCACGUACUGAACCAGUCGUAUACAUUUGACGUACUUUAUACGCUAGUAAGGCCCAUCAUGAAAACCAAGCUUGCUGAGAGGUUUCAACUCUAUGGCGAGAGCUAUGACAGACUGCACGAAGAAAUUCCGUCCAGUGUGCUGCCAGAAGAAUAUGGAGGUCAAGGACCCCCACUGGAUUACGAGGCCUUUUGGAGGCGCGUAGACGCCGAAGAAGAGCUUUUCGCUGCCAACAAUCAGUUCGGCUACACCAGACCGACAGGCGAGGACGACUUUCCCACAGACGAAGAAAUAUUGGAGGAACUAACUUUUAUGUAAUCGGAAACACGCAAUAAAACACAU